AUGGCCAUGAGUACAAUGAUUGCUAAACUGCUCUGUGAUCCUAGUCCAGUUGUCUUUGGUGAUACUGAUGAAGUGAAGUCAAUGUCAGUGAUGGAGGGACAAUCUGUCACUCUUCUUAAUGAUGUUGCUGAACUACACAAAGAUGAUGAGAUUGAGUGGAGAUUUAAUAGCACUCGCAUAGCUAAAGCAAAAAUUCCUGAAUAUGAAAAUGAUGGGAGAUUCAGAGACAGACUGAAGCUGGAUCAUCAGACUGGAUCUCUGACCAUCACAAACACCAGAACCACAGACUCUGGAGAUUAUAAACUAAGCAUCAUUGCUGGGAAUAAGGAGAUAACCAAGAGAUUCAAUGUUACUGUUCAUGCUCCUCUGCCCAUUCCAGUAAUCUUCAUUGACACUUUACAAUCUUCUUCAUCAUCUGAAAGAUCAUCGAGGAUCUUCCUGUGUUCAGUGGUGAAUGUGAGUCAUGUGACUCUCUCCUGGUACAAAGGAAACAGUUUAUUGUCCAGCAUCAGUGUGUCUGAUCUCAGCAUCAGUCUCUCUCUACCUCUGGAGGUGGAAUAUCAGGAUAACAACACCUACAGCUGUGUAGUGAACAAUCCUGUCAGCAGCCAGACCAAACAUCUCACCAACACUGAACUCUACUGGUUAGGUUCAGACUCUGUCCACUAUUGUGGCACUGCUGAAGUUGUGAUCCGAUUGGUCAUCUCUGCUUUGAUGGGUGUGGCUGCCGUGGCUGCCAUUGUUGUUCUGGUUUAUGACAUCAAAUCCAGAACAGGAGAGAAGAGAACUGACAUCAACUUAAGACAACGAUCAAUCAGAUAUUAA